CCUGUGCAGGGCCCGUGUCAACGCCCCGGUUCCCCCGCAGCGGGGCCAGAUCGGGCGGCGGGUUUUAAUCCGGUUCGGGGUAACUAGCGGAGCGGUUUAAAGGCCGGAGCGGCGCGGGGAACGGGUGCCAGGCGCGCCGGAAAGGAAGUGGCCGCCGCCGCUGGGCAGCGGGGCAGCCCGGACAGCACCGUGUGAGUGAGCCCAGGGGCGGGCCGCGGGUGGCCGUCCCACCGCCCCGCCGUCCCACCGCCCCUCGCCUGCCCGGGGAUCCGGCCCCGGCGCCCUCGCUGCCCAGAGGUAACCUUUUGUCCUCCCUCCCUCCGCGUUUUGCCAGUGUAGACAAUGCCAGCCAUUAACAUCGAGGACCUCAGCGAGAAGGACAAAUUGAAAAUGGAAGUGGAGCAGCUCCGGAAAGAAGUGAAGCUGGAGAGGCAGCCGGUGUCCAAGUGCUCCGAAGAGAUCAAGAACUACAUCGAGGAGCGGUCGGGCGAGGACCCGCUGGUGAAGGGGGUUCCUGAGGACAAGAACCCCUUCAAGGAGAAGGGAGGCUGUGUCAUCGCUUAGGAAAGCGAGCCCAGCGCCUGUCACCUGGAGCAGACAGUCUUCUUGUACCUGCAGGGAGUCACUAGCGUGUCCCCACCGCCGCGGGUCCUUGUGGAACAAGCACAGGAGCGGAUUUCUUGUCGUCCUCAUUUUUUUUUUAAUUAUUUUUAUUUUAUUUUAUUUUUCUUACAAAAAAUAAAGAAACCAACCGAAAGCAGCCGAGACCCGCGCGGGUCGCUGGCCAGGGACGGCUGUCCCCCGCUCCCCGGCGCGGCCGGGACGGCUCCUCCCGCUUCGCGGUGCCCGCUUUCGCAGCCGCUAAGUUGCUUCAUAGCUGUCCGUUGGCAUUAAAGAAAACUUGUCUAUAA